AAGGAUGAUUGAUGAGGGUCUCUAUUGCUCGCUGAGACAACUUCUGGAAGAUGGGUUUUUCCAUGCAGACCCCCAUCCAGGUAAUCUGGUGGCUACUGCAGACGGAUCUCUGGCAUAUUUUGACUUUGGUAUGAUGGGUGAUAUUCCAAGACACUAUCGAGUAGGACUCAUACAAAUGCUUGUGCACUAUGUUAAUCGCGACUCCUUGGGCUUGGCGAACGACUUCCAUUCCCUGGGAUUCGUCCCCGAGGGAACAGACCUACAUGCAGUUGCAAGUGCGUUGAGGGUUGCCUUUGAUGAUGGAAGGAGGCAAUCAAAUGAUUUCCAGGUUAGUUAAUGUUCUUCAUUCUAUCAUUGUUAUGAGAAUUUAUAUUGUAUGAUGCAACAUUAAAAUAAAUGGAUGCAGGCAUCUUAAUCAUAGUUGAGGGUUAAAAGUGUAGAUGUACUAUAGCCCUUAAUUAGUCUUAAAAAACAGGUCAAAUAUGCAACAAUAUUGUGGAACUUGAGUAAACAAUCUGGCACGUAGAAGUGCAUGCUUUAGUUAUAGCCAGUCAAGCUAUAUGUCUGGAGCGACAAUUUUCAGAUGCACAUUGAAACAUAUACGUGACAUGCUAUCAAAGAUUUAAUUGAGCAAUGCCAUUUCCUUCCCUCCGCACAAUUGCUGAGGAGGUUCGGACAUU